UUAUUGAUAUAAUCAGUAGAAUACAGCGUAAUGAUGUCGAUGUCGAAUUGUUAAUAAGAUGUACUCUACCUACUAAAAAAUCGAUGCGUAUGAGUCGCAUAUUUAUGUUCCUAUUCGUAGUUCAGCGUAGGUCAUUUCUGCAAAUGCGAAGCGUGAUCGGUUGUAAAUAGACACAUUUAUUAUUAGUUAUUCGUUGGUACUAAGCAUUGAUAAAUAUUCUGAGAAUUUUAAAUAUGGGGAAUAACGAUAACCUAUUUGAAGUUGUUAUCUCUGGAGUGGGAGGAAAAUUUCCAAAAUCAGAAAAUAUUGAGGAACUCCAAUUAAAUUUGAAUAAUAAAGUGAACAUGGUAACAGAUGACGAUUGCAGAUGGUCUAAAGAUGAUUGGCCAGGAGUACCACCAGCAAUUGGUAAAGUAUCAGUAGCACAAAAACUAGAUGACACCUUUAUGGGAAUCAAUUCUAGAAUCGUAAAAGCAAUGGAUCCUUUGACUAGAUGUCUAUUAGAAAGGUCUUAUGAAGCAAUUAUAGAUGCAGGAUUGAAUCCAAGUCAAUUAAAUGGAUCACAAAUUUCUGUAUAUACAGCAUCAUGUGUAAGUGAUAGUGAAGCAGUGGGUUGUGAUGAAAAAUUGACUACUCCCUAUUGGCUAUUAGCACAUGUUAGAGCUUUACUGGCGAAUCGGAUUUCAAACAUUUUAAAUUUGCACGGUCCUAGUUACAAUAUAGAUUCAUCUUGGAUUGGAGGUAUAGAAGUCUUAAAACAAGCUGCUAACGAUAUUGCAAAAGGUAGAACUGAAGCCGCAUUGGUCGGUGUCACUAAUAUAAUUUGGUAUCCAGACAUGGCAAAAAAUUGGAUAGGAUUAAAUAAACUCAGUGAAGAUGGUCUUUGCAGAUCAUUCGAUGAAAAUGCUAGUGGUUAUGGCCGUAGUGAAGGUGUGGUUGUAUUAUUUCUUCAACGUUCAAAUGAAGCUUUGCGUUCGUAUGGCACUGUAGUACACGUAAAUGCUCGCGUAUGCAUGGAAAAAGCCUUGAAUUUAAUCAAACCUACCGAUGAUUCUUUAAGAGAUUUUUAUAACGAAUUUUAUAAAAGCUGUGAAGUAUCACCAAAAAAUAUUUCAUUUUUGGAAGCAGAUGGUUCUGGUUGCAAGUAUUAUGAUGAAAUGGAGCUUAAAGUAGCGUCAGAUAUCUUUUGUGGUGAUCAAAGAACUGAUUCUUUACCAAUAGGAUCUAUUAAAAGUAACUUAGGACACUGUGAGGCAGCAUCUAGUUUAGUAUCGAUUGUAAAAGCGUUAAUAACAUUAGACACUGGUAUAAUACCGCCAAAUAUUAACUAUCAGUCUUGUAAUCAGAAUAUUGAUGCUCUUAAAAUGAAUAAAAUGGAGGUUGUUACUAAGCCGACAAAGCUAGAUGGUCCAUUUGUUGCAACUACUACUUUAGGUAUGCCGUCAUCUAUCGGUCAUGUUUUACUAAAACAACAUUCAAAAAAAAAAAGAAAAAUUCAAUCUGGUCCUAGUCAAAGACUAGUUCUAUUGUCAUCUAGAAAUGAAAAAGGUAUCGCCGAUGCUAUUGAUCGAAUAAAAGUUUUACCCAGAGAUGAUGAACAUUUAGGACUUAUUCAAAACGUUUUCCGUGAAAAUAUAGUUGGUUACUUCUAUAGAGGUUAUGUGACAUUAGAUUUUGAGACAACACCUUCAUUUGGUUAUCAAGAAACUAGCGAGAUUAACCGACCUGUAUGGUUUGUUUUUGGUGGAAUGGGUUCUCAAUGGCCAGGUAUGGCAUCUGACCUUAUGCAAAUACCUUGUUUUGCAAAUAGUAUAAAACGCUGUGAUAAAAUCAUUAAAUCAAUUGGAUACGAUAUAAUUGAUAUACUUACAAACCCAAAUCCAGAAAUUCUUCAAUCGAAACCAGUAAUUUCAUUUUUAGCUAUUACAACAAUGCAAAUAGCAUUUGUAGACUUAUUAGCAGAAAUUGGUAUACACCCUGCUGGCAUGCUUGGCCAUUCACUUGGUGAAAAUGGUUGUGCGUACGCUGAUAAUUGUUUUGAUACAUAUGGUGCCUUAAUGGCUGCUUAUGGGAGAGGAAAAGUAGCUGAGUUUUUAAAACCCGAGGCAGGCUUAAUGGCAGCGGUAGGUUUAAACUACAAAGACUUUACGGAUUUACCACCAAAUAUAGACAUUGGAUGUCAUAAUUCAGAAGGCAAUGUUACUCUGUCUGGUCCAAUUAAUGAUAUGAAAAAUUAUUUAGAUAUUUUAAAAAAAAGAAAUGUAUUUGUGAAAGAAGUUAAUUCAAAUGGUAUUGCAUAUCAUUCUAGAAUGGUUUAUCGACAAGCAGAAUUUGUUAAAAAAUUUAUAGAAAAAGCUGUACCUAAUCCUAAACAAAGAUCUUCCAAAUGGGUAUCUACUUCAAUACCCGAAUCUAAUUGGAGUAGUGAUUUAGCACAAUGGAGUUCUGGAGAAUAUCAUGCAAACAACUUUAAAAGUACAGUUUUGUUUUCAGAAGGGUGUAAAAAAGUACCCAAAAAUGUUAUAGUAAUUGAAAUAGCACCUCAUGGUCUAUUUCAAGGAAUUUUAAAAUCAGAACUUGACAAAUCGUGUAAAAUUGUAUCUCUUGCUAAACGAGGGAGUAAAAGUCCAUUAAAACAUUUUUUAAACAUUAUCGGUGAACUUUAUUCAAGCGGUCUUCAGAUUAAUUUAAAUUCAAUAUAUCCACAGCCAAAAUUUCCAGUUUCAAGAGGCACGCCUAGUUUAGCUCCUCUUGUUUCAUGGAACCACGAUGAAACUUGGCCAAUUAAUACACAUUAUGAUCCGUUUGAUUUGAAUAUAGUAAACAUAUGUUUGCAUGAUAAAAAACAAAGACACUUUUUGGGACAUGAAAUCAACAAAUUUGCCGUAGUACCAUCAUCUUUUAUCAUCACAGAAGUACUACACGAAUUAGAAAAAAAACUGACAUUAACAUUAAAAUCGUCUCAAAUAAUUUUUGAAGAGGUUUUGGUUCAUUUACCUUUGAUAGUUUCUGCAAGUGAGUCCCAAAGUUUUUCUUGCAAAAUUAGAAAUAGUAAUUUAUUUGAAGUAAUUAAAUCACAAAAUAUACUUAUGUCUGGGAAAAUAUCGUAUAACGAUGAAAACCAGCUAAUUAGUCCAGAACCUCCUUCUAUAUGUGAAGUUCACCCAACAGAUGAAUGGGUACAUGAUGAUGAAAUUUAUAGUGUAUUUAUGGAAAACGAUAUUAAAAUUUCAAAUCCUUAUGAUACAAUUCAAAAAAUUCUUAUUCAAGAUAGAGGAUAUCUAGCAAAAGUUACUUGGUCACACAAUUUAAACGUGAAUUUAAAUACAAUGAUGCAAAUUAAGAUGUUUUUUGAUUUGAGUAAAUGUAGUGGAAAUCCUUUACUUCCUUUUUGGAUUAGGAAUCUUAUUAUCGAUAAAAAACAAAUGUUGACAUUUGCGGAAGGAUCUCUAGUUUACGUGAGGUUUGAUUUUCGGACUAAUGUUAUUAGAGGACCUGGUAUAGAAAUUGAAGAUUUUAAAACAACUGUUUUUCAAGAAGUUUGUUCUCCAUCCAUAGAUUUAAGGUUGCAAAAAGUCCAGUUUAUAAGUCAGCCAAACCCUAAUAUACAAAAUUUAAUCCAAAUGCUAAGUCUUUGUUUACAAACCGUAAAAAAUUGUUGCUAUAAAAAUCCAAAUUUAAAAUUACAAAUCAAAAUAAAUGAUGCCAAAUUUAUUGUACUACUAAAAAAAUUAUACGAAAUUCAACCAUAUCUAAAGGAAGAUUUCAACGAUUACACUUAUUCAUCAUUAACUAAUAAUAGGGAAAAUAAAGGCUUAUUAUUAAUAACUGAAAAUUUUGACUCAUAUUUGAAAAAAGAUGUUGAGAAUUGUUUUGGAAGAGUUUUUGUUUUAACAAAAACUUUGAUUAAAGACGAGGAAUAUACAACAAUUUUUCAGAAAGAUUUCGACAGUUCAAUUUAUUAUUUAAUUACUCAAAAAUUUAAAUCAGGUAAUCAAGUUAUGCAAUUUUCCACUGAACAAAAUACUUGGAAGAAAUGUUUAUCACAUGGAUUAACUUUCAUGGCUGAUAGUGAUGUAGCUCCACUUAUAAUUAUUAAAACAAAUUCUGAAUGUCCUAUAAAAAUAUCAAAAGAAAUCGAAGAUAUUGAUACCAAACAACAAUUCCGGUAUAUCAUACUUUUAAAAAAUUCACCAUUUUUUGACAUGACAAAUACUUUCUUUAGUGAUCAAGUGUUUAAAGGAUUAAGACAGAAUAUUUUAAGAGAUAACAACUGGGGAAACUACAUGAUUCUUCCUUGCAUUGAAAAUAAAACAACUUCAAAUAACUUCGAAAUUUUACCUUGCACGUAUAAUAACAUUAUUAACCUAGAGGAUAUAAAAAUAAAGUAUAUAAGUCAUAUAGAAAUCAACAAAAUAUGUAAAAAUACAUGUUUUCAAUAUUCUGGUAUUGAUAAAAAAGGGAAUAAAGUGAUGGGUAUACUGAGGAAUUCCAAAACAUCAAACCAACUCGAAAUUGAUGAUGUGUUACAAUGGGUGGUAAAACCAGAAUGGUCUUUGGAUGAAUCAACUAAAUUACCACUUACAUAUUCAAUUGCCUACUAUUACUUGGCUAUUAAGUAUUCUGUUAAAUCUGGUGAUAAUGUACUUAUACAUGAUGCAAGUUCAACUCUUGGACAAGCAUUUAUAAGAAUAGCACUAAGCUUUGGCUGUAAUUUAUACCUUACAACAUACAAUAAUGAACAAAAUAAAUUUCUCCAAAAUCUCUUUCCACAAUUAAAUGUCAAUAAUAUUCUACAAAUAAAAAAUGGUAAAUUUGAAAUCGAUCUGAAGAGACAAACAAAAAGUAUAGGAUGUAAAGUAGUUGUACAUACUUUGCCUACUAAAUAUCUUUUAGCAUCAUUAAAAUGCCUAGAAACGUUUGGUAUAUUUGUACAUAUUGGCACACAAGAUAUUAACGUAGAUACAAAAUUUGGAAUGUCUCCAUUUUUGAAAAGUAUCGCCUUAUACGGUGUAAAAGAUUUUUCGCAUGUAUUAAACUCUACGCAUGAAGUAAAACAACAAUUGAAAAAACUUGUCCAAAAUGGUAUUUGUAAUAAUAUUGUGUGUAAAUUAGACGAUCAUUUUUCCGUGGGCAAUUCGUGUUCUGAUAGUAUCGAAUUUAAAGCCCAAAAAUCAGUUUUACCCAUAAUAUCUAAAAAUACCAACGAAUCAUUUGUGGAAGAAAAUAAAUUAUAUAUUAUAAUUGGUCCUCCAUCACAUAUUUGGCUAAAGACUGUUAAUUGGUUAUUAAGCCGUGACGUAAAGAAACUGAUAUUUAUUAUUGACGGAACAUCUACAAUAUUGCGAAAAAGUCAAAGAAUUAUUUAUUCAUUAAUUCAACAAUAUUCCGAUGUAUCAUUUAUCAUCACUUCAGGCGAGCGCUUAUGUACUCGAAAUAGAGGAGAAGAAUUAAUUAGAGAAUUUUCAACUUAUUCUAAAGUUUCAGCAAUUUUUUGUAUAGAAAUGAGUAAAGUUAAGUUAACAACUAUUGAUACUAUAUGUAAAAAAGUUAUACCUGAUUUAAAGCAUUUCAUUUGCAUGCAAAGUGAUGCUUAUGCAAUGGAGGUUUGCGAGUCCAGAAAUUGUAUGAAAACGAAUUGCAUAAAUUUACAGCUAGAUAAAUCUAUGAAAAAGCCAGAGAAAGUAUUUAAUCAUCUGGAAGAUAUACUUAAAAGAACAGAGGGUUAUCAGCCAAUUGAAAUUAAAGUCUGUGACUCAUCUAUAUUAGAGCACAAGCAUGAAAGUCCGAAUUUAAUUGAAUAUCUACCUAAAAAUAUUGACGAUUUACUCGAUAUCUGUGGAAAUUUACCAGAUUUUGCUACAUUUGAAAAAUGUACGUCUAAUGUCGGCAUAAAAGAAACCAAUAGGCAUGGCCUGUUACCUGUAUUUAUAAUACCUGGAUUAGGUAUCAAAAGAAUCCAACCACUUAUAAAUAAAAUUAUGUAUCCUGUGUUUUGUGCGAAGUUUCCAUCAUAUAUCAAUACUAUAGAAAAUUCUGCACUAAGUUUACUAUGGCCUUUAAGAAAAAUACAGAAUAAUGGACCAUUUAAUAUAGUUGGCGAAAGUUGGGGAGGUAAUAUUGCUGUUGAACUAGCAAAAAUAAUUGAAGGAUUUGGUGAAAGAGUAAAUUUGAUCUUGUUAGAUGGUUGUCCAGACGAUAAUAAAGAGAAAUUGAUAGAGCUAAAUAAAUCUGACUACAAAUUGUUGGAAGAUGUAAUUGAAGCUAAAGGAAAAAUAAGUGACUCGGUAAUGGUGUUAAAAAAACAACUAGAUGCAAUACGAGAUUUUGUUCCAAGUAAUACUCAGUUAUCAUCAAACACUAUUAUUGCUCAAUCAUCCUCUAAAGGCAUAUUAGAUACAUGUAUCAACUUUGAAAAACAACAUUGUGGAGAACUUACCGUUCAUAUUUCUAACGAUGUAUCGUAUAAUGAAUUUAUUAGUAGUUUGGAAAUAGCUAAGAUUAUAAACGAAAACGCCUAUUUCAAAUGGUAAAUCGUCGAAAUAAUUUAAGUGUUAUAAAAUAUGUUUACUUAUUAAUAAUAUUUAAUUAAAGUAAUAUACAGCUCAUAAAAGUAUAAAA